UCCAGGUCUUCAUCCAUGAGUGUCACAGACAGGGAGCCGUUGAAAGGUACUCCAGUGACCGCAAGGAUCGCUGCACGCCAUAACAACCGGCUCGGGGCUGUGUACUCAUCUCUGUAUGCCUUCUGGUCGACUCGGCAUGCAGUAGCGAAUGGCACCACGAGCCGCCGAGAUGCUUACAGCGUCAUUCUAUUCAACAGUGGUCAGCGACAGAUCCUCACGAAUGACUUUUUACAAGUACACCAGAGCAGUUGCUCGACCUUGUUCUAUCUUAUGGAGCAGAUACCGGUACCAAUUACACAGUCGCUCUUCAGGCUACGCAGUCUGUGAUGGAACACAACUGGAGUACUGAGAGGUACGCUCGGUCAAGCA